AUGAGUGCCUUCGUGACACUCUCAACAGGCCAGAGGAUGCCCGUGGUCGGACUUGGCACAUGGAAGAGCGGCCCAGGACAGGUGAAGCAGGCAGUGCUGGCAGCUUUAGACUGUGGCUACAGACACAUUGACUGUGCUGCAGCAUACAGCAAUGAACAGGAGGUGGGAGAGGCUCUGUCUACCAGGCUCGGCCCAGGGAAGGCUCUGCGUCGUGAGGAGGUGUUUGUAACAUCCAAACUGUGGAACACCAAACAUGACCCGGAGGAUGUUGAGGAAGCGUGCAGAACCAGUCUGGCCCACCUGGGUCUCUCCUAUUUGGACCUGUACCUUAUGCACUGGCCCAUGGCUUUUCAGCGGGGGAAGGAGCAGAUGCCUCGACGAGAAGAUGGAAGUGUUUGUUACUCUGACACACACUACAGAGAUACUUGGGCAGCCAUGGAGAGCCUAGUGGACAAAGGUCUGGUCAAAGCUAUAGGGCUGUCCAACUUCAAUGCCAGGCAGAUUGAUGACAUCAUCAGCAUGGCCAGACACACACCUGUGGUUAACCAGGUGGAAUGCCAUCCUUAUUUGUCUCAAACAGAUCUCCUGUCUCACUGUCGGUCCGUGGCGGUUUGUGUGACAGCCUACAGUCCUCUGGGCAGCGGGGACAGACCCUGGGCCUCUCCUGAUGAACCAAGUCUGCUACAGGACCCUCAACUGGGAGCCAUCGCCCAGAGAUACCAGAAAACACCUGCCCAGCUCAUUCUCAGGUGGCAUGUUCAGAGGGGUGUCGUGUGUAUUCCUAAAAGUGUGACGCCCGCAAGGAUCCAGCAGAACUUGCAGGUGUUUGACUUUUCUCUGUCAGAAGACGACAUGAAGCUGAUCGAAUCCUUCAACCGCAACAAGCGCUUCAUUGUCCCAGCAGUCAAGGUGAAUGGCAAGAGUGUGUGGAGAGAUGCAGAACAUCCUCAUUUCCCCUUCAAUGAUCCUUACUGAGUCUACACACAAAGAAUGCAAUACUGUCUUUAAAAUUGACUGUCGCACACACUGAAGAAACCAAAUAUCUAAACUGAAUUCAAAUAUGAUCAAAUGCAUUUUCCAUUUGGG